AUGGUGACCCACCUGCAGCACAACAACCUCAGCACAGAGCACAUCCCCGGUGCCCUGAGCCGAGCAGGUCACACCGUGGCGGCUGUCUUUCUUGGGUUCGUCCUGGUUCUGGGGUUCUUCGGCAACUUUCUGGUGCUCCUGGUGUUCUCACGCUUUUCUGGGCUGAGGACUCCGGCCAACCUGCUUCUCAUCAACAUCAGCAUCAGCGACAUGCUCGUUUGCAUCUUUGGCACAUCCCUCAGUUUUUCCGCCAGCGUACGUGGCAGGUGGCUGACAGGUUCCUACGGGUGCCAGUGGUAUGGCUUCUCCAAUGCUCUAUUCGGGAUCGUGUCUCUAGUGUCUCUGGCUCUCCUGUCCUUUGAACGCUACUCUGUGCUUCUCUGCAAGCAGCAGUCGGACUCCUGUCAGUACCGCAGGGCCUGGCUCGCCGUCGCAGCCUCCUGGCUCUACUCGCUGGUGUGGACUGUGCCGCCACUGCUGGGCUGGAGCAGCUAUGGGCUGGAGGGUCCUGGCACCACCUGCUCAGUCCAGUGGCACCAGCGCACAGCCACAGCUCGCUCUUAUGUAAGCUGUCUGUUCGUCUUCUGCCUCCUCCUGCCGCUGGUGCUCAUGUUCUUCUGCUACGGGAAGAUCCUCCUGGCUGUACGAGCAGUGGCGAGGCAGGUCACAGGGAUUAACUCAACCUACCCUGACUGGAGAGAAGGCCGUGUCCUCCUGAUGGUGGUCACCAUGGUGACGGGCUACCUAUUGUGCUGGAUGCCAUACGGAGUUGUGGCGAUGCUAGCUUCAUUUGGAAGGCCGGGCUUAGUGUCGCCUGCCGCCAGUUUAAUCCCUUCACUGUUGGCAAAAACCAGCACUGUGAUCAACCCCUUCAUUUACGUGGUGCUGAACAGCCAGUUCUCCAGGUGUCUCCUGCACAUGAUCGGGUGCAGCUCACAAGCUCCGCCCACCCCAGAAAACCCCACGCAGCCCAGCAGCAGGGAGAUGUGGCAUCACGCUCCCAGCACGCCAACACGGGAACAAAAUACAGUAACGCCCCAGUUCACGUCCAGAGGGCAGCAGGUCCAGCCUGGUGCUAGUGGCUCAGUGUGA